GAAGAAAAUAGGAAAGAGGGUUUGAAGAACUCUGGAAAGAUAUAUUUUAUAUUGUAUUACUCAGAAUAUCACAUAGAUGUUUAUGUUUUAUGCAUUUAGUAAGGUUUUAUGCAUUUCAGAUCAGUCAUCUGUAAAAAUCCAACAGAUGAUGGAAGGCAUGGGCUUUUUCUUCUGUCAGCUUGUUUUUGUUUUUUCACUUUAUUUUUUCCUUCUUAAUUUUAUCAUUUACAUUUGAAUUAUUUACUUGAGCAUAAGGUCAAUGUUUUAUUGAUGGCUUAAUACAUUUCCAACAAGAUAAUUUUAAGUUUUGCUCGCCACCAACUGAUUACAAACGACAAACAAAUCAUGUGUAUUGUUGUUUGUGCUCCUUUCUUCGUGGGGGCAGUAGUGCGUAACAGCUGACGUGAGGCUACACCACGAAGAACAAAGAGAGCGAAACUCAAACAGAGUUGUCGAACAACCGAAGGCCUGGGCUUAAAUGGACAACAAUGCUUUCUCUUUGGUUAAUUUAUAAAGGCGAACAAACAGUAUGCGUAAGAAAUGUUCCUAACCCAUGCGGUAUUUGAUGUCUACGUCUGAAACACCUUGUAAGCGCGUCAAUCUGGUUAUGAAAGCUAGUUGCUAUGAAUGCUAGCCGAGUUAAAGCUCAGACCCACGGCCAAAACAAAGGCUCAGUUAGCAGUGAACAACAGCAACGAGCCUCCAGAACCAAUCGAUCUAACAGAGUGCUGGCAGAAAGGAACCAGGCUGUGGCAGCAGUUGGAGCCUGGGUGGAGGACGGCCAUGAUUUCGAACAACACCCCUCUACUCUGGCUUCGAUAACUGAGAAGCUCCAGACAGAGAGGAGAAGACAGAAUGAAGAGAGCCUUCGUCGUUUUCAGAAUGAUGUGCGCCACCGUGUGGCACUGCAGACCCAGCUCCUCAAGAAAAGACAGCAACUUCAGAGUGGACUGGUGGUGAAACCUGGCAGAAGAAUCUCAGAACAUUUGGACGUCAAGUCCCAGCAUGUGCCUCUUGGGGACGCGGUGAUGUCACAAGGAGUUACUGCAAAACACAAGUUAUUGCAGCAGAGUUAUGAAGAGGCAGGUGAAGGCACGAGGCUCAUCAGACAUAAACUGGCUGCCUGUCGCCACAGAGAAACAGCAUCAGACCUUCCUGGGGGGAAUUGGAACAUGUCUCCAAACAGACAUCAGAAAAGUGCACACCAUGUGGUCUGGACAGAGCAAGAAGUGGAGGAUGACACUUACACAAUGGAGGAAGGAGGUUGUCUUGACUUCAGUCGUCAACAUAAAUGUCCCCUUGUUCAGCAGAGGGACAGAAGACACGUAACGUGGGAUUCUGACAAAUUACAGCCUGAUUCUGAAUCCAGCCUCAAACCCACAAAAAUUCUUUGGCCAAUGAAUGACCAGGAGGAGCUGAAAAGACAGUGGCAAUCUCGCUUCUGGAUGAAACGUCGUCAGUUCAUGGACCACGAGAGAGAGCAAGUGAAAGAGAACAUGCAGCACAGGAGACACCUGAAAAGGACAGAGAGGAUCAAGGCAGAGAAAGAACAGAUUCGUUUGGAGGAAGAAAAAAAGUUAGAAGGUGCUCGACAGCUCGCAGCAGCCAGGCACAUGCUGGAGGAACGGGAGCUACUGAUUCUAGAACGACUGAAGCUGGAGGAGGAAGAGAGAGCUGCUGAGCUGCAGAGGACAAAGAAGGAAGAGAAACAAAAAGAAACUUCCAGGUACGUUGAUGCUCUGAGAGCACAGGCGAAAGAGAGACUGUCUCAGGAGAAAGUAGAGCUUCCUCCUCUCUGUUGCUGUGCCUCCUCUUUCUGGGACUCCCAUCCUGACACUUGUGCUAACAACUGUGUCUUCUACAACAAUCCCAAAGCUUAUGCCCAGGCGUUACACUCUGCGAUGAUGGGCUUGGGUUUUCAGUAAGGGAAACGUACUAGGCUGGAGUCGAAAAUGCCAUUGAGGAAGAGAGCUCUUUUCUAUUUGUUAAGUCUGUCAGUCAGGUAAUACAAAUAUAUGCACAGUGUUAGUAAAAGUACAACACACAGUGAUGAAGAUUGUAUUCUUUAUUGUCAUUGUAACACAGGGAUACAGCGAAAUUGAGCCUCUAGGCAGCUUUUUAAGAUGAUAUUUGAGGUGCAAACAAAAGCAUCUAGUCCAGCUUAAACAAAAUGAUCGUCUCUAUUUGACUUAGUUGAUGAAAACAAAGACUUGAUACCUGCGAAGGUAGACUGCUACAUCAUUCCUUGUUUACGUUACUGUGGUUUUUAGUGUCAAAGAGAAAUAAACUAAAUUUAAAGGUAAAUGUUUAAUUGAUAAAUUAUAAUGAAAAAACACUACAAAACAGUUUAAUUUCAUUUAUUUUAAAUAGUAAUACAAUGAUAUAUACAAGGUAUCUACAAGAUAGUGUUGUAAUUGGUCACACAUUUUGGUAACAAAUACUGUUACUGUGUAUGAAUUAAUGUAGGUGUGUGCUGUGUGUGUUAAUAUAUUUUUUAAAUAUACCAUUUAUUUUCUUACUUUGAAUUUCUCUUGUAAAAUGUGACACUAUCAUAAUAAUGAUAAAAAUAUAUUUAUUUAACUGAUGUUUACUUUUUGCACUUGCAUAAUUAUAACCUAAUUGUAAAACAUUAAAAAAAAAAAAAUCUUAUCUGCA